CUCUCUGUGCUGUUUCACCAUAAUUGUCAUUCGCAGUCACAAAGAUAUAUACAAUAUCACUAAAUUGUCAUAUUUAUAAAACACCAUUGCUAUUAUUACUAUCAUUGUUUAACAAUUUUACUUUCGGGCAAUAAGCCAGCAUUAAAAAGAAUUUGAAUUUAUAAUUAUUAUAUGUCAAUGGGGUGAUAUGCUCAGUGUGUGCCCCAUUUUCAAAAUGGAAAAGGGGGGGGGGGUAAUUUGGGACAAAUAUGUUUGUGCGACCCCCCCCCCCCCCCCGCCCCGCCCUUCCCCUGUGUAAUAGAAAAGUAAACUGAAAAUGGAUUUCAGUCUGAUUAUUAUAAAUCAAACCCAGCUCUCACUUCGUUCGACAGACAGCUAGUCGCUGCGUGGGCUCCUGUGUAAUUUUGUCCACGUGUAUAUCGAGAGAAGUGAGAGGUUUGAUUUUAAUCACUGAAGAAAUUCAAAAGCAAAACAGAAUUUUUGGGAAAAGUGCUUUAAAAAUCUGUCAGGUUUUACUUCAAAGUCCACUUUCUGUGAUUUGUUUUGAUAGACUAUUUUUAAAAGCUUUAUUAUUACGGAUUUAAAAAAUAUGUCAAGUAAUAAAGCAUGUAUAGGAAUCUUUUUAUUUUUUUAUUUUAGCAAUGUAUUGACAAACAAGUCUUAAUAUUUAAUACUAGCACAGAUGAAGAUCCACAAUAAGAAAGGUCAAUCUAUAAUUUCGCUUCUUGGUAUUUAAACAUUUAAGUAACCGAAUUUGCACUUGAUUUAUGAUCUCUCAAAUUUGUGCCAGAAUGAAAGUUUAAGGAAAUAUACAUAAAAUGAAAACAAUGCUCUGUCAUUUCCUAUCUGAUGUGUUAAUGUUCAUUUUGCAUGAAUCACGAAUGAUGUGGACAAGCAUGUCAUAUUUUACACCAAAACUACCAUUAACGAUUAAAAGAUUAAACGAUCUCUAUUACUAUCACAAAAAUGGGUAAUAGCUUAUUAUCUUUCUUACCGACCAUAUAAUUUGUUACAGUACAUAAUUAUCUUAAAGAUUUGUGUGUUCGAUAUCUGUUGUUCUUAAUGAAUGGUGGUGAAAAUGAAAUGGAAUUUUGAAUGUGCGACAGUGUUGCAUUUUUUUUAAAAUUUAUCAUCUGCCUUUAUUUUUAUUUUUAUUAUUCACACUACAUUAAUUAUGAAUUGGUUAUUGGAACCGAUAAGUCUUUUUUUUUUUUUUUUUUUUUUUAACCUACAUAUCAUCCCUGUCGAUAUCAUCACUUUAAAGGGGGGAGGUAUUCACACACCUUGGGAUUAAUUACGGAAAUAUUUAAAAAAAACCACCACGAAAACUAUAAGGUGCUCUACAUACUAAAAGAAAUUUCUGAUACUUUUAAACUGUAUGUCAAGAAAAUGUGACGUAUUGACGAGAUAAAAGUCGGGCUCGGAAUGUUCUCAUAAAGCUCUUUUGUAUUGAAAACAACUAAAGAUCCGCGGCAACCCGAAUGUUUAAAAAUGGAGGAAUUUAAAUUAUUGUUGAUGUUUUGAAGAAUUUUGAAAGGCGGAAGUCCAAAUCCAUGAUCAAGAAUAUCAGAAUUUAGUGCUCUUACACUGGAUUUAUCAACGAAACUAGUUCCUGAUUUUAUAAUCAAAGUGCAAGGAACUAGAAAUGAUACUGAAUUUGAAACACUUUGAAAAGGCAAGUCUUAUUGAUCGAUAAUUUUGCAGAACUUUAGUUGGCUUAAUGCAGUUUUUAUUGUGUUGCUGACAUUUUUUUUAAUGGAAUGUACAUCAUAAUUCAUAUAAAUUGUGUUUGUUUCUUUGAAAUUCCUAGCUGUAAUCCUGAAACAUUGUUAUGUUUGGGGGGGGGGGGGGGAAACCACAACACACACACCCUAAAAAAAACCACCCUCCAAAAAUUAAGCAUCCCAUUCUUAUAUUUUGGCACUAUUUAAUAUAGUGAACAAAAUCAAUGCCUAACAGACUCAGGUGUUCAAAAUUCUUCAAGCCCUAUGCCAGAGACUUAAGAAAUUGAAAUCCAGGUGUGCUGUAAUGUCAAGGGAAAACCCCACAUCUGUGGUGGUCAGACAGGUUUGAUCACUAGUGACUAGAUAGCUCAGUUGGUCUAUAGGAACACCUGACUUGAGAUUUGGGGAGGCCCGGGUUCAAAUCCUGAUCUGGCCCAUUGCAUUUUCUCCCUGCUAGAUUUGGAACUGACAGGUGAAAAUGUCUGCCAUGGGAUAAAGAUCAUGGGUUGAUGUCUUCAAGUAUGAAGACAUUUAAGGAGGGAGGAAUGUAGCGGUCAGCCGGGUCCGAUUGCUGGUGACCAGCACGGUAAAGCAUUUGACAAGAGAUUCAGGGGGCCCUGGUUCGAAUCCUGAUAUGGUCUGUUGCAUUUUCUUCCUAUCUGUUACACAUCAAUAUUUAAAGAAUGGUAAUAAAAUUCUUGGUCCUCAUGGAUAUUGAUCAACUAUAUUAUAUAUACAUCUGAAUCAUUGGCAAGCUUUACAUGAAGCAAAAAUUAUAAUGUUUACAUAAAUGUCAGGACUACAUUGUCAGUUUGAAUGUUGACAUAUCAUUAGUGAAUUUCAGUUUCAUAUUUACUUGGAACAGACACCUGAAGCAUGGUAGGAAAAACAGUCGAUAUUGCAAUGAUUUUACAUUGAGAAAUUGUACGUCACAAUGGAAGAAUUUCGAUACACGUAUACCAGGCUGUGUAAAGACAACCAUGUAGAACCGCAGGACUGUGUUCUCAGUUACUUAAAGAGUUUUGAAUCUACACCAAAACGUGGCAAAACGGUGCUGAAUUUAUCAACGAAUAGUCUCUCCCCUAAAACGUGUCAUGUUCUUGGCAAAGUUAUUUCAACAGAUCGAACGUUUGUGGAAAUUAAAUUUGCUGACUGCAUGCUUAGUGAAGAUGCAGUGAAAGGUCUCUGCCAUGGUCUUACAACCAAUUCCUUUUGCAAAAUGCUUGAUUUGAAGGGUAACAACAUCAGAGGAAGUGGGGUGGAGGCUGUUGGUAAAAUGUUACGACACAACCACACAAUAAUCAGCGUGUGCUUGGAGUGGAAUGCGUUUGGGUUGUUAGAUAACUCCUUUGCCAUGUUUUGUGAUGGGGUAGGGUCUAACGACAACUUACAAGCACUAGACCUACGGAAUAACCAGAUCAGCCAUGAUGGAGCCGUGGAAUUAGCAGCAGCACUGAAAAGAAACAAAACCUUAAGGGCUUUAGAUUUACGGUGGAACAGCAUUGGUUUGUUGGGAGGAAGAGCCAUUUUGGAAAUGCUAAAAACAAACAAAAGUAUUUGUCGCUUGGAAUUGGCGGGGAACAAUAUUCCAGGAGACAUUGUAAAAUCCAUUGACUUGGCGCUGAGCCAGAACGAAGACCGAGCUCUUUUAAAAGAUGACCACAGAAACAAAAUGACUGUCAUGGCAAAACACAUGAAACAGGUGGAACAUGAAAAGAAAAUGGAGAUCAGUGACCUGAUGGACACAAUAGAUAAACAAGAAGAUCUCAUGAGGCGAUCUAAAAGGUCUACCUCCACUAAAGUUGAACAACUACAAAACGCACUUGAGGAAAGGAAGUCCUCGUUCAAUUCCUUAGCUGCAAAGUUAGCUAUGACGGAGUCUGAGCUGGCCAUCACAGAACAGAAAGUGAAUGAUGGGAACAUGCUGAUAGCUAAACUGAAACAAGAAUUGACAAUGAAAGUGUCAGGGCACCAGGAGGAAGUCAGGAGGGAUCACGAGGAGAGAGCCAAAUUAGAAGCAAAACUGUACAAAGAAUUAUCAGAAGCACACGAUAAAAACAUAAAGCUGGAGACGAAGACUGAGGACCUGGACAGGAAAUGCCGGAUGCAGCAGGAACAGAUAUUUGAACUGAAAGAACAAAUUACACACCUACAGGCAGAGAUGAAACUCAAAGGAUCCCAUUUUGAUGACCGAUUGCAACAAGAGAAAAAUCGCCAUAGAGAUGAGAUAAAGGAAGCAGAGCAACUCCGACACAAAGAGGUAGGCAGAGUAAGGCAGGAAUGCGAGGAGACGGAGGGCACACUUAGAGAGAGAAUCCAGCGACUGGAGAUGUCUCGUCUGGAACUGGAGGAAGAAAUCAGUCGACUGAAGAACAGCAACAUGGUUGAAAAGAUCCAGCACGAGGAGCAGCUGUCAAUGGCCAAACAGAAGAUCCAGGCAGACGAGGAAAAUCGGUACAGGCAGAUGGAAGAGAAGUUGCGUGUUAGUAUGACGCUUAAGGACGAGAUUCAGAGCAGAUGUAAUCAACAGUCAUCCACCAUUAGUGAACUCCAAUCACGCAUCAGUUCACAGGUGUUAGAGCUGGAGAAUGCAAAGAAACGGGUGGAGGAGAGUAACGAGCAAUUAGCAGAAAAGAACAGCAUUACUUUGUCAGAGGUAGGGAAAGUGAGAAUAGAACUGAACCAAACAGUCAACAAACUGGAAGCGGAGAGAAAACUCCAGGCAGAGCUCAGAGAAAAACUCGGAGAGUCUGACAGAAAAAUGUCAGAACAACUUUUGAGACACCGGGAAAUUUUAGAAGAACGGGAGAAUGAAAUAGAAAGUCUGAAGAGAAGACUGAAGACCCGCGACGCGGAGGUGAGCAACAUCCGGGAGGAGGAAAUGCAGCGAGCCCAGGUUCUCCAGAUGGCUGUGAUGAACUAUGUCAGCAAAGUACCGCAGUCAGGGGACAAACAGGCCUAGCAAGCUCCCACAUCCUUUAAGUCAGGUCUAGAGAGACCUAUUCCGAGGCUGGAACAGGGACAAGAUAGAGGAUGGCUGACAUUGAAACUGGGGGAGAAUUUAUCCACCUCUUUAAUCACACUUUUUAAGGUGGAUUAUGUUAGGAACACAAGAUGUGGCUUCCCUUUAUGGUGAUUGCGGUUAUUGGGAGAUUUUCUUGAGCUGUGAUAUGAAAUAUUCUCAUGUCUCUUUCAACAUAGAGUGAAAUGAGACAGUUCAUAUUUUGAGAGGUUGAAUGUAUGUAUAUGUACAUGUAUAUUACGAAAAAUAGAAAUUUUUCGGUGAAUGAAUUUAAUGAGAUAGCUUGUACAUGUAUAUUUUGAUAUUAUUUUUUACCUUUAUACUAUAUAGAACAUGCCAGGUAAUAUUGAUAAAACAAUCAUAAUCAA